AUGGUCGUGGAGGUAUCGGCCCUCCUCCACUACGAGGCUACAGCCUGGCUGCGGUUCUGGAGGCGAGUGCACGACUUCUCCGGCGUGCGCCUCGCUGCGGCAGGCUGCUCCACCGCCGCCGACCCUGCAAGAGUGCUGCUCCAAGCGCUCUGGCACCUCACGCCCAUAGUCGUCGCCGCCUGGAGGCCGCCGAUGGCAGGGCGGCUAUUGGCUCGCGCCGCCUCGGCGUGGCCGUGGAAGCUGCCGGCGGCGAGGCUGUACUUGGCUUGGCGCCGGGUGACGAGCCGCAAUGCUCCCAUCGCCGUCAUUAGCCGGUUGCCGUGGUUCCGUCGGUUGUGGUCUCUCCGCCUCGGCUCUGUCCACCCUCUCGCGAUGCUGAUCGCCGCUGCCGCCGCCUUCGCCUCCGCCGCCGGCGGCCGGCACGGCGAGGUCGGCACGGACGCGCAGCAGCCUCCCACCCAUCCGCCAGAGGAUCGCGAGGAGGCGAUGCCUGUCUCGCUGCUCCUCUUCUUCGGCGCAGCGCUCGCCGCCGGCGCCGUGCUCUGGACCGGCCUUGUUGCACCCGCCGGCGACGACCACGACGCAAAGAGCAGCCCGAGCCGCGCCGCCGGCACCUCCACCGACGUCGAUCCGACGACGCUCCCGGCUUCCUCUCCCCCGCUGCGUCGGCACCGCGCCUGGUCGUCGCCGGGCCGCCUGGACGCCACCGCGGAGACGUCGCCUGCACAAACGGCGCCUCUGGUCUUCGCCGGGGACGUCCCAGCGAGGACGGCUCGGCGGGGAGAUCUCGAGGCGAUCGAGGCGGAGAACGCCGCGCUGAGAGAGCACAUCUCGGUGAUGCAGGGCUCGCUCGACCACGCGGCGCUCGGCCUGCUCCGGCGCGGCAUCGACGACCUCGUGGCGCAGCGCGAGGAGGAGAGGGAGAUCUCGGCGCGCGUCUCGGAGCACCUCGACGCAACGGGCCCCGGCGGCACAGGCGGCACAGCGGGUGCCAUCCCCUCUCCCGCCGCCUCCGAGCCCGAGCUCUACGAGCCCUUCGGGUGCGGCGAUUCGCCGGCUUCCGACGACGGCACCCCUACGCGGGUGCAGAGGGGCGCGAACUGGAAGGUCAAGCAGUUCGGGCUGAAAUGCUCCGCCGCCGGCAACUACCCGUCGAAGGGGCCGUCACCCACCCAUUAUGGCACUCGGCGGUGA